GGCUUCGGCUGCUAUUAAAGUGACAGGCGGCAAGUGUGUCCUGCAGCUCUGAACAGAAGCUAAAGGAUUGAAGUGGAUUUAAUCCCCAGCGCCCCAACUGCUAAUUCUUCUCCCAAUACUGAAUAGACAGGGGCUUCAACUCUUGGCCGCUGGGGAGAGGGAGGCUGUCACCGAGCCGAACAGAGAGAGCCACAUUUCUUAGCGGCCUUUUCCUGCCAGUUUUGCCCCAACUAUUAUGGUGACCACAGAAUCGCUGGAGAUGGACAGUCUCCGCUUGGUCAAGUUGCUGGUGGAGGAGGGGGGCAGCUCUCUGCUGCUGGACUGUCGCUCCUUCCUGAACUUCAACGCCUCCCACAUCGGGGGCGCCCACAAUGUCUACUGCAACACCAUCGUCAAGCGCAGGUCGAAGGGAACCAUCGCCUUGGACUGCAUCCUGCCCGAGGAGAGCCUCCGGGCCGCCCUGAGCUGCGGCCGCUACCGCAAGGUGCUGGUCCUGGAUGAGCGGAGCCCCAGCCUGGCCGCCCUCGCCCGGGACAACACGGCCCGGCUCGUUCUCAACACCCUCAGCGCUGAGCUGGACACCGGCGUAACCCAGCUCUGCUUCCUGAAAGGAGGCUAUGAGACCUUCCACUCGCUGUUCCCAGAGAUGUGUGUAGAGAACCUCAGCUCGUGCCCGCAGGGGGGCUCUGUGCCCACCUUGGUCGCCAGGGGCACACCGCUGUAUGAUCAGGGUGGGCCUGUGGAGAUCCUGCCAUUCCUCUAUCUGGGCAGCGCUUAUCACUCCUCCCAGAAAGAGACCCUGCAGUCACUGGGAAUCACCACGCUCCUCAAUGUCUCCUCCAAUUGCCCCAACUACUUUGAGGGAGCCUUCCAGUACAAGGUCAUCCCAGUGGAGGACAGCCACAUGGCCGACAUCAGUGCCUGGUUUCGGGAAGCCAUUGAUUUCAUUGAUUCAGUGAAGAACAGCGGUGGACGGGUCUUGGUGCACUGCCAGGCUGGCAUCUCCAGGUCUGCCACCAUCUGCAUGGCCUACCUGAUCUGCAGCCAGCGCGUCCGCCUGGAGGAAGCCUUCGACUUUGUCAAGCAGCGCCGAGGCGUCAUCUCGCCCAACUUUAGCUUCAUGGGACAGCUGCUGCAGUUUGAGACCGAGGUCCUGUGCCACUAAAAGGACCGGCCUGGUUUUUAUGCCAUGACAGCCAAGGGAAACCUCCGCUCCUCCGAGCUGUUCCCUUCCAUCUCAUCUCCAAACACGCGAUGGUCCAGGCAACGUGUCAGCGGAGUGCCUCAAUGCCCGGCUUCCUGUUGGAGCUACCCAGUCUGCUCGUCCAGUUUGAGGGCACAUGACUUUAAAUCUGGGCCAACCAUUGCCAUGGGAAAGAGAAAAAGCAGCAACUCACGUCCACGCCCACUGUUGUGUGUGGGGGGGGACCGUCAAUUGUAUUGACCUUCAACCCCAAUGCAUUAACAUCCCCACGAAGCUACCUCCCGGUGCGUGGGACAAUUCACUCAGCGGCGGCUGUCUGUCUGUAUGAGAUCGUAGAUCAAAACCUGUCCUUGCGCGUGAGUUGAUGCAGCCCAUGCCUUGCCCUGGCCUCAGUUGCCCAUGUCAGUUUUGGAGAUGGCCAAUCGAGGCCUAUUCCCGAAGGAUAAACCUCCUGGAGGUGACUCCAACCACGAAUGCUGCUCUUCCUCGCGUCAACUCCCGGAUGACUGGAGCGUGCCAAUGUUUACUCUCGAAAGCCGACCCUGAGCCAGAGUCAGACCAAGAAGCAUCUCCACCUCGAGAGAGUCUCUGCCGCUGCAUGAGACUCAUUGUGGAUGAGGCAUCUCACUGUCCUGCACUGAGUGCUUAGUUCCAGAGCGAGGGAAGAGCCCACCUCAGGCUGAAGUCACUGAAACUAUCAGAAUCACUCAGGGCUCUUACUGUGCAACCUCCUCUCGGAACACAACAGACAAUAUGACUUGAUCUCUGUUUUAAGGGAACUCCUACCUGCUAAUUUCCUCCAGAAGGGAAAGUACUUUAUAUAUAUAUAUAUAUAUAUUUCUUUUUUAAAUGCCUGUUUAGUAACUGUCAGAAGUAAUUAACAUUAUUAAGAUGCAUUAUUUAUUCUAUUGACAAAUGAAAUGUUUUGAAAAAUUUGCAGUA